UCAUGACGACCCGCGACGCCGAGGACCCCUCCUACAUCGACUACGAGGCCUUCCUCGACCCGGACUUCAGCCCCUCCUCCUUCGCAAACACCCUCGUCCUCGCCACCAACAACCCUAACGAUGCGCCCCUCGACCUGUCCACCCCGCUGUCACGCGUGCUCUUCGACACACAGGAGAUCGACUCCCACAUCGACCUGCUGACCACCAAGUCCGCCGCCCCGUUGCUGCAGCACACCGCCGAGCAGACUGCCGCGAGUAAGCGCAUCGUCUCCGAGCUCGACGCCCAGAUCAAGAGCCUGAACGACAGCUACAAACAGCUCGAGAAGGAGGUCAUUGACAAGCAUGCCGAGGCAGACGAGGUGCGCCACGUCGCCACCCGUCUGUGGGAGACCUUGAGGCUGGGCCGCUCCGUCGCCCGCUGUCUGCAGCUGGGCCGCCAGCUCGAGGUCCAGCACGCCGAGAUCGCCGGCUCAAGCGUCAGCGCCGCCGCCGCAGCAGCCGGCAAGAAAGAAGACCAUCGCGCCUUGGUGCGAUGCUCGCACACCAUCCUUUCGCUGCGCGAGGUUCUCGAGAACACGGCGCCCGGCGAAGAGGGCCACGGCCUAGCCCGUGUCGACGCCGUUCGCACCCUGCGCGAUUCCGUCGUCGCCCCGAUCGAGCGGUCCGUGAGGGAGACGGCCGAGAAGAUUGUACGGGACUUUGCCGUGCCGGACUCGGCCACCUUUGCGCAGGGCGAGGAGACCAAGGCCCGCACCGUGUCGGCCAUGGUGACGUUGUUCCUGUUGUCCCCGGCCCCGGCCCCGGCCACGGCCCAGAAGACGGACCGUUGGGCGCCGCAGCUGCUCCUCCAGGCGCUCGAGACGUACCUGCGGUCGGCGCUGCAGUCGUCCAUCGCCGCACUGUCGCGGUCUCUCAGCCAGCUGCCGACGCUCGACCGCACCCUCGCCGACAUCUCGGCACGGUGUCAGAACGUUGUCGCGCUGGAGCUGGUGCUCGAGUCGACCAAGCUGCCGACGCACCCGCUCGUCGCGGCCGCGUCCCAGCGACAGACCAACAUGCUGCAACCGCUGCUGGCCCACCUCGAGACGGGCAGCUUGCCGAGCUACUUCUGGCGCACCAUGGCGGGGAACCUGGGUACGCGAGUCCAGGAGAUUGUCAACCGCGGCGGUGUGUCGGCGCGCACGCUGCGGUCCAACAAGGCGAGCGUCGGUGACGCCGUGAGGGACUGCGUCGUCAGGGGGUGCCGCAUGCCGAGCGCGCUCAAGGGGAAAGGCCGCGGCGAGGGGAACUGGGAGAGGGAGGUGGCCGUCAUGGUCGGGAGUGUCGUGAACAACUUUGGAAGAUGAGACUGCGUGGCCAGGGGGAGCUUUGUCAACAGGGUUUCACGAGGGCUGGACAGGGAUGUCGGUUACAAUGUGGACAGAUGAGACUGACCACACGAGGCUAGACGGGAAGAUCGUCGACCGCGUCGACAUACGAGACCGCCUCCACCAGACAUGGACGAGGGCAGCCGAAUGGGUCAUACGGCGACGCAUAGUAGGCGUUUGCGAGACAAAAAGGGACUUUUGCUUACCUCGAAAACACCAUUACAUCAACGCGCCGGGCUUCUCCCGCCAAACUCUACGCGCUGAGCCUUCACUUGCACAAUAAGCUCGACUCGAUUGACCGGUUUUUCAAAUCUCCAUGCAUCAUCCCCCUCGCCCUGGUCAACGACAAUGCUUGGUGGCAUCGGGCCAAAGGUUGUUUCAGGUCAACCAAACUCAACGCCGGUCGUUCGCCGCUGCAUCUAACAUCCAUGUACAUGUCAACAUUCGCCCUACAGCCGCCGUGUCCUCAUCAGUCGCGUCAUGCCGUUCGGUGCUGACUGAAGAGACGCCGUAAGCGAAAGCGACCCUUGCAGGGGUGUUCUCUGGAUUAUAUUUUCAUGAACUACAAUCGGAGAUUUAGCCUCCCCCCCGGCUUCCCACGUCAGUCCAACCGUGAAACUCCGGCUUGUCCUGGCACUCAGUCGGUCAACCUGGCUCCUGGAUACUGAGCACUUCGAAGUAACGAACACGCACGACACGCUGAAGGCGUCCGAAAUUCAGCUUGUCUGCCUAUGCGACGGACAUAGUAUAUGAAGAUCCGUGGUUCUCUGAAACUCCUUUAAACCUCAAUUUUGUGACAGGCCUGUCUGCCGGGACGAGAACCAGAACGAGAACAAGAACUAAUGCAAGUCUUGGCUGACAGCACCACAAGAGACGGACGACGGCGCACGCGUGCUUAGCGGCCAGUGAACACGCAGGGGCAACCUGCGUGCAGUCAGCUAGACGUCUGUAAGUCAAAAAGCAGGCAACCCCAGAGCAGGGCAGGCGGAGUUGUGAGCAGCGUACUAUGGUGUACGGCAAGUUUUGCAUCCUACGUUGACUGGUGUUGCGCAGGGUUAGGCUGAGCAGUUUAGAACUUUUUCAACAAAUGUCAAAACGUAGACUGGCUGGCGUAAAGCCAAAAUGGUAAAGCAAUCGGACAGCUCCGUACUGCUACAGAGUCAAUUGUCACAACAGGAGUCCGAGAUCUCAACCUACCCAGCAUGCGACGCGCGUCCUGCUUUCCAGCUUGAAGAAGCUAUUAUCGACUAACCGAGACUUUUGAGUCCCCUCCACCGUACCGUACAGCUCAAACUCUCUCUUGGCGAGUCCAAUUGUCAAGAAGCACGCAAAACUAGGUUAUGGUAAGUAGAGUUGUGGGCGGCAAGCAUACCGUAGGUAAUUCAAUUCAACCGGUGCAUCCUGCUCG